AGGCAGGCAUGGGAAAGUUCUCCCCACUUUUUCCGAUCACAGCGGAUCUUUAUAAGUAAAGCAAACACGUUCAAACUGGGUGAUACUGAUACAGCUGAGGGAGAUCUGUGUGGAGGAAUCACCCGCUUUAAGUAAGAGAAAGGAGCAGAGGAUGUCCAGAGCUGAUUGGUCCUUCCUGGAACACCUGCUAGAGGAGGGCCAAGAGUACUCAACUGCAAUUGGCCGAAUCUGGCUCACUGUUCUCUUCCUUUUUCGCAUGCUGGUCCUGGGAACAGCUGCUGAAUCGGCUUGGGAUGACGAGCAAGCCGACUUUGUCUGCAACACGAAGCAACCCGGCUGCACGGCUGUGUGCUACGAUAGAGCCUUCCCCAUAUCCCACUUCCGCUACUUUGUGCUCCAGGUCAUCUUUGUCUCCACUCCUACCAUUUUCUACUUUGGAUAUGUGGCUAUUAAAGGAGGGAAGGACACAAAAACUAAAGAGAGCAGAGGGGAAGUUGGGAGUAAAAACAGUGACAUGGUAAAAAGGACAGAGGAUACAAGUGUUAGCAAAUAUAAUGCAGGACAGAAAGAGGAGGGACAUCGUUUUGGGAAUGGUUUAACAUCUAAGGCAUGUCCUGAGGCUCCAAAACUGAAAGGGGCCCUUCUUAGGGCAUAUGCAUUCAGCAUCUUCCUAAAGGUCCUCAUAGAGGCGGGAUUUAUUGUCGGACUUUGGUUCCUAUAUGACGGCUUCUUCAUGGCAGCCAGGUAUGAAUGCAAUGGAUUCCCGUGUCCUCAUACCGUGGAUUGCUUUGUCUCUCGACCCACAGAGAAAACCAUUUUCACAAUCUACACUCAGGUGAUUGCUGGCAUUUCCCUUUUACUCAACUUUAUUGAACUCAUCCAUCUGUUGAUGCUAGCCAUCUCCUAUCGGCUGGAGGACCGGCAUCAGGACUACCUACCUCGAUCAGAGCGGGUCCAAACAACUCCAGCAAUUCAAAUGGAGGAGUCCCGGGCUUACAGUUCUGGAAGAGACAUCAGCGGUCCCACGCAGGGUGGGGAGGCUGAAUCCCCUAGCAACCCUUGUGAAAGCUAUGCUGAUGCGGUAGUAGAGGUGAACUGGGAAGCGGAAGAGGCAGUGGACAAUUUGCUUCCAAGCUACGUGAACUGCAUGAAAUCCACAAGGAAAACACAUUCUAAACGAAGCAAUCAUUCAAAACAUUCACAUCAAACAGAAAAACAUCUGAAAGGUGCCAUUAAGGGACAUACAAACCAGAAACACUAUGUUUGAUAUUAGCUUUAUGCACUUUCUUUUUGUUCUUGGUAUGCCUGCACAUGACACUUAACUAACAGGAGAACACAGUUUAAAGGAUCGUGGUACAACAACCACUGCACUGUGAACUCCGUCCCUUAGAGGCAGACAGACAUUUGGAGAUUUUAUAUUAUUUUCUUUUGAUAAACAAACCUUUUCAAAAUGAAGAUUUUUUUUUGUGAACCUAGUGCCAAAGGCAAAGAAAUGUGACUCAACAACAAGAUUUAAGUCAUAAGAUGCCUUCCGGGCUAUGUUUAAUAGCCAUUUGAUGUGGAAAAAAUAAGCGGAGGGGUCUGGCAAAGGGAACUACUUAGUGUUUAUGCAAGGAAAUUUAGAUUUAAACAUAUUCCUCUGAGAUUUGCACUGCAAUCCCAAGAGUCUCCUGGAACUUUGUUCUCUCCUAAUGGAUUUGUGCUCUCUGUGGAAUGUACUGGUCUCUGGCUCCCAGAAGGAUAAUUACGGCAUAGAUGCAGGCACGCAUGCAUGCACUCACACAAUAUGCUUAUCUCUUUUCACCCAGUGAGCUCUGGUCAAUCAAAAGUUAAAGAUGUGGCCUUGGAAGGGCAAGAGGGGAUGGGAAGAGGAGCCUAGUGGGAUGGAACGCUACUUAGAGUGACCAUAGCAUUUAAACUAUGAAGGAAAUAACUCUACAAGUACUUGUUGAUUUCAUAGCUGGAAACUUUAAUGAGUAAUAGCUGCAGUACCUUCCAAACAUAUUAUUUUUUAUUGUUUGUUACAUAACAACCACAAAAUUCAAUAUUGGGUUUCUAUCAAGUUGACGCAGAAAAAGAAAAUUAUGCAUGGUUUCUGUUGCCUUGUACACACCAUCCCCACCUUGAAACAAAGUGGUGCUAGCGUCAUGUUGUGGGGUUGCAGGGAUGCUGAAGCUGCUCAGAGGUGGUGGGAAGACCGACG